GUGACAUGGCGUCCGGGUAGGAUGAAAGUUGACUGUUACAAUCCAAACGUUAAUGUUAUUUUCAUGACAUUAAUUUGAUAUAUUAUUAAAUAUAUAUAUAAAUAUAAAACCGAGAGCCGCGAAUUAAAUAAAGAUACCGGCAUUGAUGGUAAUGCAUGCGAGGAAACCACAAAGGAUCAGCGAUGGGUACUUCGAAAAGCACCAAACCCAUCCCUAUCAGCAGAACGCCAAGUACAGCGGUUCAAAAGGUGGAUAUCCAUCAUCAACAGUAUCAUCGGACAAUCGUUACGAGGGUCGAAUGCGCGAUUCUCCAAAUGGGAAUUCGUAUAGUCCAGCUGGUGGACUGGGCAUGGGCAUGCCUGUGGAACGCGAGAGUCCACGUAGCUACACAACCAAACCUCUUUAUAAGAAGGAGAGAGAAAAUAGAGACUAUAAGUUAUCUUCUUCACGCGAAAAGUAUUCCGAUUGUGCACGAUCUCCAAAAGACAAGAGAAGCCGUGACAGUCGGGACUCUGAGCACAGGACCAAUCAUGACAGGAGUGGUGGAGAGAUCUUACAUCCCAUAAAAUUAUCAAAUUCCUCACGAGAAUCGUCGCAGCGUAAACCUGCGCAUAACUCUUGUCAGGAUAAGAGAGGUGAUGAACGAGGUGGUGUUGUGGAAAGAGCGGCGAGAUUUGGCGACUGGUCAGAACACUUGAGUUCAUCAGGUAAAAAGUAUUAUUACAAUUGCAAAACAGAAGUAUCACAGUGGGAAAAACCACGUGAAUGGAUAGUCCGAAAUGACAGCAGGCAACGUCAAUCGAACGAUUAUUCAUCUAGGUCAAGUCAUGAUAAACAUUCCAACUCGCGAGCAAACAGUAGCAAUAUUAGAGACGGUAAAUCUCGACAAACAGACAAACGCGAGUACUGGGGAUCGUGUUCAGGUAGCAAUCAAGCCAGCAAUAGUGUGGGUGGUCCAAGCAGAGAUGAAUUGCUGUCGUUGUCCUCACGUGAGCGUGAUAAAGAACAACGUGAACGUGAUCGCGAGCAACGGGAGCGGGAGCGUGACCGAGAACAGCGCGAGCGUGAACGCGAAUUACAGCAGCAGCAGCGUGAGCGUGAGCAGCAACGUGACAGAGAUGACAUGUGUGGCGGUGAACGUCAGUCACAGGACAUGGACAUAUCUCCGGGUGAUUCAACGCCGACCUCUGAACCACAGACAUCUUUGCACGAUACACUGCCACAGGGGCCUGUUCUUCUCGCUACCGCGUUACCGCGACUGGCCUCGCAUCCCCCUACAUCAUUGUCAUCACAGUCAACUGGUAAAUUGUCGACCUCACCUACGACGCAUUGUAGUCAACCUGGCAACAGCAAUGCACCUGGUCCGCCGGUUACUCUUGCUAAUUUACCAAGAUUGUUGUCGCAGAUAACUGGUAGUAAGGAUCAGAAUGAUAUUACGCCACAGAAAGCACUUCAAACUAUACAGACUGCUAUCUUUUUGUCACGACAACAAUCAGGAAGUAGUGAUCGAGGAGGUAAUGAUCUUAUGGCACCGCUAAAAGUUGAUACUAGCGGUAAUGUCAAUUUGACGAAUGAGGGCCCGCCGACUCCAACACAUUCAGAGACACAGGAUUGCAUUGAUGCUAGAAAGAUGGUGAGUCCUGGAGGAUUGAAUGCCAGCGUUCAGGGGCUAAGUUCGCUGCAAGGAGUCAGCACACUGGGGUCUCUUGGUAGUCUCGGUAAUGGUGGAGGUCUCCAAGCGCUUUCAAGAGUUCAGCCACCAUUGACACCUUCUCUGACACCGUCACUCGCAAAUCAUUAUCGGGAAGAUCUGACUCAACAUGUCCGCGCUUUUCCUGCUGAUAUUCUUGAAAAACAAGCCCAAAAAUUGAGUGAAGAAGCACACACUAUGGGGAGCUUACAAUGUACUAGAGUUUCAGCAGAGCUUAAGACUGCACGAUCGUUAGUGAGGCUCACUGAGAUUCAAGCAACAUUACAAGAACAAAGGAUAUUAUUUCUUCGCCAACAAAUUAAAACCCUGGAGAAGCUGAAAUCCCAAAACUCCUUUAUGUCUGACGACUCUUAGUAAUCUUAUUGUUUAUUUUUUUUUAUUACCAAAAAGUCUAUUGGGGUCAAUAAGUCUUGCCGGCAAAUUUGAAAAAAAGUUGGCUAUUCCAAUCGUCAUUUGUAAAAAAAAUAAAAACAAAUUAAUUUAAUUAUCUCACCGUAGAAUUAAUAAAUUAAUGAGUAUAAAAAACUGCUUUUGUUGCGCGUAGAUUUGCUUUUUAUCAUUUCCUUGUAAUUAGAUACGAAAAAUGAUUAUUGAAUAUAAACAAUCAUUAUUAAAUAAUUGAUAAUUAAUUAAUUAAUUAAUUAAAUAAAUAAAUAAAUAAAAUAGGGUAAAGUCACUGGUGGUUGAUCACUAAAAAGAUCAACGUCGUUCUAUUUAUUUGUAUUAUAAUUUUUAUAAAUUGACUAUUAAAUAGUUAAUUAAAUUAUAACCAUAGAUUGUAAGUAUUUAAAAUUUUCUAAUAAUAAUAAUUUUUACAAUUUAAAUAUUAUUUAAUUAAUUAUUAAUUUUAAUUACAUUUCUUUAAUAAAUUGAUUAAAAAAAUGUAUAUAAUUUCUUUAUUAUUAUUAUUAAAUUAAAUGGGAUUGAUUAUGAGUGUCUUUACCCUAUUACUUUAAUUGUUUUUUUACACAAUUGUUGACAAAUUAUAAUUAGUAAUAAAUAAGUAUAAGUAAUAAUUAUAAUUAAGGGACAAUUAAUUGUAUUUUUUAACAAAAAAUAUCAUUACUGAUCAUUUAAAACUUGAUUAUUUUUUUUUUAAUUAUAAUUGUUUAGUUGUCUAGUGAUUUUUUUCAGGGUCAGGUAUUUCUGGUGAUAAAAAAUAUUUUUUAAUUAUUUUUUUUAUUUAGAUAUUUAUUAAUUUGUAAUUAAUAAAAAUAAUUCAUUUGCAAUUACGAUUUAUCACUUAUUUUAUUUUUUUCAUAAAUUAAUCAAUUAAAUUAAAAUUUUUUAUGCGGGCAGAAUUAUUUUAAAAAAUUAAUUCAAAUUUUUAAAUCCGAAAUUUACGCGGUAAGGAUUUAAAAAUUUCUGAGUGAAUGAAGCAGACGUCAAAUUUAAAAUGAUAAAUAAAUAGAGCAAAUAAUUAAUAAAAUAAAAUUUUAAAAAAAUGCGCAUUUAAAAAAUUAAUAAGUGCAUUUUUUAUAAAUUUUUUUUUAAAUAUUUACUCCAUUUAUUUGAGAUUUUAAAUUUCUCUGUCGGGUACAUUCACACUCGUAAAUUUCUAUGACUAAAAAUGGAUAAAAAUUUCUAAAAAUAAUUAUCAAUUAUAAAAUAUUCAAAUAAUUUAAAUGCACAAAAUUUAUUUUUCAUUACUAGAAAGUCUGAGACCAAAAAAAAAUAUUAAAUAAUAAUUUAUCACCGUUAAUUAUUAAAUAAUGAUCAGUAAUUAGUCCUAACUAAUGUAAAAAAAAAAAUAAAACCAUUUUCUUCAAGUUAUUAACUCGCAGGAAAUAAAAAAAAACUAGUAAUACAAUAAAAUAUUAAUUAGAGAAAAUGAACAAACAAUAAAAAUAAUUUCUUUUUUAAUUAUGAUAACAACUUUUUAUUAUCAUCUUCAGUCUGAAUGAAGAUUUUAAAUAAAUCAAGAAAAAAAUAUAUAUAGUAGCUCGGAAUUACAUCAAUUGCUGGUAAAAAUAUAGUAAGGAGGUGAAUUAAAAGAAUACUUAUUAAAGAACCUCUCGAAAAAUCAUUAAUAAUAAUAAUAAUAAUAAUAAUAAUGGUCAAUGAAUUAAUUAAUAAUUAAUAACUAUAACUAUUUUAAAUCAAUGACUUUUAAUUUGAAUUUAUUUUUUUAUUCAGCUUUAUGUUCACUUGGUAUUUUUUGAUCCUACAAUAAAACACUUAGCAAUUAUUUAUAUUUAUUAUAUUAUAAUAAUUAUCAUAAUUAUAAUUAUUAUUAUUAAUAAUAAUUAAUUAAUUAAUUAUCAUUUAAUAUUCUAACGAAAAUGGCAUUCAGUUUAUUUAUUAUUUUUUUAUUUUUACUUAUAAGAUUAAUCAUUAAUCAUUCAGUUUUUUUUUCUUUAUAUAUAUAAAAAAAAUAUAAAAUUUUAUCUACUCAAUGGAAACGAUUGGGCAAAUCGUAUUUUAUUAUUUGUACUAUCCGAAUGCCAUUUUAGUAUUAUGUUACAAUAUUUGAAUUUUUUUUUUUAUUUUUUUAAGUAAUUAUUACUUUUAAACUUUUUAUUUUAUUUUAUUUACAAGAAACAGUAUUUUUUACAAACAAUUGUUCAAAAACUGUUUCUUGAGUGUCCUAACUAAAAUACAAUUAAAGUAGAACUCGUAUCGUAACCACUGAUAUAUUUUUUUUUAAUUAGCGUAAUUACAUCACUUGCAACAACAUCAAUAACCGUAACUUUCUUUACAAAAUGUUAAUAAUUUAUAAAAAUGAUAAAGAAAAAAUAUUCAGACAAGUGAUUAAAAAAAAAAAAAAAAAAAACAAUUAAUCAAAAAUUAAUUGAUGUAAUAAAAAUAAUUUUGCCGCAAGUUUUGUAAAAUCGCCGAUACUUACCUGAAAAAAAAAUAUAAUAAUAAUAAUUGGAUACAUUUCGUUAAAAAUACCCACAAUUAAUUAGUGAUAUUUUUAAAUUAAUGAUUCAGUUUUUCCCACGUCAUAAUAACUCGAAUUUUAAAUAUUUUUAUUUAUAAGCUCAAAGUUAACUGUCGAUAUGCAAUUUCAUUUAAAUAAAAUUGCUAAAUCCUCAUCAGUAUUCGUCAUCGCAUUAAUUUGUUUUCGACGUUACAUUUUAUUGCAGUCAUUACUCGCGAAUAUUUUUAAAUUAUAAAUAUAUUUUUAACUUUUUCUUUUUCAUUUAAAUAAAUUGUGUGCGCGAUACACGAGUAGUUGCACUCAACAAUUUAAACUCGUUACUUGCUUUUACUUAUUAAUUUUUUCUCUUUUAUUAUCAAUUAAUUAAUUAAUUAAUUAAAUUUUAUUAUUUUUUACAUAAACUUUACGAGCAAAGCCACUCGGGAAUUUAAUUUAUUUAUGCGUGACCUAAUAAUUGCUUCAUCAGCAACUGUCUUUUUGGCUUCUUGUUCAUCUAUCUCGCGUAUUUAUUUUUUUUUAAUUAAUUAAUUAUACAGUAGAUCACUAAUUUUUUUUUUAACACACGAAUUAUUCGCAGUUGUAAAAAUUUAUUUU